CGCGGCUCCGUCGGUCCACUGGCCGGGGUUACAGCUUCCACCUUCGGCCGCCAGCCGCGCGUCAAGCGUCGUGCAGCCUUCCGUCACCCCAUCGAGAGAGAUGUCGAAUGCAGAUGGUAACAAACUGUUGCCUGUCGCUGCUCACAUUGCCCGCCGCUGUCUUCCCUCAGCUGAAAAAACAGGUCUAAAAAAAAUCACUUCCUUGGAUUAAAAAGAAAUCAACUGCUGCCACAGUUGCAGAGUUGUUUUUGUGUCUGAGAAUAAGCAGUUUUGUUCUAAAAAUUGCUUUAAAACUUGUCAAAUGACCUCAAUGGCCAGUCUGUUCUCUUUUACUAGCCCAGCUGUAAAGCGCUUGUUGGGCUGGAAACAAGGCGAUGAAGAAGAAAAAUGGGCAGAAAAAGCAGUUGAUGCUUUGGUAAAAAAACUAAAGAAGAAAAAAGGAGCUAUGGAGGAGCUGGAAAAAGCACUAAGUAGUCCUGGACAGCCCAGCAAAUGUGUUACUAUUCCUCGUUCGUUAGAUGGGCGACUUCAAGUUUCACACCGCAAAGGCCUUCCCCACGUUAUCUACUGCCGUGUGUGGCGUUGGCCUGACUUGCAGAGUCAUCAUGAGCUGAAGCCGUUGGACAUUUGUGAAUUUCCUUUUGGAUCUAAACAGAAAGAAGUUUGCAUCAAUCCAUAUCACUACAAAAGGGUGGAGAGCCCAGUUUUACCUCCAGUCUUGGUGCCAAGGCACAGUGAAUUUAAUCCACAGCAUAGCCUUUUGGUUCAGUUCAGAAACUUAACUCACAAUGAGCCACAUAUGCCGCACAAUGCUACCUUUCCGGAUUCGUUCCAGCAGCCCAACAGCACUCCAUUUCCCAUGUCUCCAAAUAGUCCAUAUCCACCAUCUCCAGGCAGCAGUACUUAUCCAAAUUCUCCAGCUAGUUCUGGGCCAUCUAGCCCAUUUCAGCUACCAGCAGAUACACCACCCCCUGCCUAUAUGCCUCCUGAAGACCAAAUGGGUCAAGAUACUUCCCAGUCUAUGGAUACAAGCAAUAGUAUAAUUCCUCAGAUAAUGCCCAAUGUUUCGAGCAGAGAUGUUCAUCCUGUGGCCUAUGAAGAACCCAAGCACUGGUGUUCAAUUGUAUAUUAUGAAUUAAACAAUCGUGUUGGGGAGGCUUUUCAUGCAUCUUCUACUAGUAUCUUAGUAGAUGGAUUUACAGAUCCUUCUAACAACAAAAACAGAUUCUGCUUAGGCUUGCUUUCCAAUGUUAAUCGCAACUCAACAAUUGAGAACACCCGGAGACACAUUGGAAAAGGCGUUCAUCUGUACUAUGUUGGUGGGGAAGUCUAUGCAGAAUGCCUGAGUGACAGCAGCAUAUUCGUACAAAGUAGGAAUUGUAAUUACCAUCAUGGAUUUCACCCUACAACUGUAUGCAAGAUUCCCAGUGGCUGUAGUCUUAAAAUUUUUAACAAUCAGGAAUUCGCUCAACUUCUAGCUCAGUCAGUCAAUCAUGGGUUUGAGGCAGUGUAUGAGCUCACCAAAAUGUGCACAAUUCGAAUGAGUUUUGUAAAGGGAUGGGGAGCAGAAUACCACCGACAAGAUGUUACAAGCACCCCAUGUUGGAUAGAAAUCCAUCUUCAUGGGCCUCUUCAGUGGCUGGAUAAAGUACUUACCCAAAUGGGCUCUCCACUUAAUCCUAUUUCUUCUGUUUCAUAGUGCCAAAGUAUUUCUUCAGCAACCAUAAUUUUAGUGAACAUUUUCUAAUUUUCCAGAAGCUUCCAGUGUGGAUUCUGUAAGAAUACACCAUAAGUUAGCUUUCUUCUUCUACCAAUGACCAAUUCCAUUGUUUUACCAUCAUUUUCCUUUUCACUUUGUAUUAAGACUGUCCAGUUUGGAGGAAACUGAAAAUGCAGAAAUUCAUUUACCUGAACUAUACAUAUUUGAACAUCUUUUGAUUCCACUGGAAGUAUUUUAACAUGUUUUCUAAGGACACAUUCUUGAAUGACAUUAUGGAAUGAAUAACACUGUCUUGUUUGCUGAAUAUAUAUAGCUCCAACUUACCACCAGUUUUUAAUAUUGCUGUAUCGUUGUGUGGAUGAUAUAAAUCCACAGACAGACUAGCUUUAUUAUACCUAAGAUUGCCUUUAGCUUGAAUAAUAUGACUUCAGUACGUACAUGUUGACAAGCACCUGUUACAGAUAGUGAUAUCAAAAUGCAUUAGAGCAGGCUCUCCUUUAAGCAAUAGCAAAGUUACUUUCAUGACAGUUAAAUGUUGCCUUCACAAUGUAGUCCUGUACUCAGAAGGAAGUCCAGGGAGAUCCAGAUGAAUGUGUAGGACUGGUGCUUAAUAAUUGUUCUUAACAUUUUAUCCAGGGUGUGCACUGUUUGAGGCAGUCCACAUUUAUUUGAAUACAAAACACUAAAAUGCUGUAUAUUACAUUGAAAGGUUAUGCAUUGUGUUUUACAUUUUAUUUUGCAUUUGGUAGGAAAUAGCCUGAAGGCUUCCUAAAAAUCUACAGUUGUUAAUUUUCAGUAUUAAUUUGUUCCUUUAAAUAUUACUUCUGUUUUCAGGAGAUUGAAAGUAAUGUUGUAAAACACUUGCUAUUUGAUUGCUGGGGAAGCUCAUUCUCAUAAUGAUUUAUGAGAAUAUUGUCAUGUGGGUGACUGCAAGCUAUAUGAUGUAAAACAAACCUUUAUUUUUGGCAAGGGCUAUGUUCUUUCAGGAGUAAUCUCAUGGACGCUAUUGGUGGGUGACACUGCAAAUUGUCUCUUUUGUUAUCAUCCCCCUUUUUUGACAUCUUUAUCUUUCUCCACCCCCCACUUCCCUUUGCAGCGGGCUAAUAGAGAACUCCUGCUAAAGGUGUAUAUUGAAUACAUGAAGCAAGUUUUUAAAAUUAGGAUGUAUACUGCCGGUAUACAGUUCAUGAAUCUUAAUCAUUUAUGCAGACAGGCACUCCUGUAUAAUUUAACAGAACAGCUGACAAUCUAACAUCUGGAUCAUAUUUAGAAUUGUUCUGACUAAGCCAAUGGGUGGGCUUAACAAAGUACGGAUGAAUAGUAUGUCUUGGAGAUAAAGGUAUUUUAGCUAUUAAGAGUUAUUUGUCUCCACUCAGCAAUAUUUUGGUUCUUUGUACUAAAGAGACAAUAUGUUUGAGUCAACAGCCAUUACAAGUUAAAGUAAAGUUUAACUUAAGUUACAAUGAAGAUGAAAUUACCCUAAAUCCAUUUGUCUGACACUCAUCUAUGCAACUAGUAAUUUUUUUGAAACUCUGGCUUUAAAUAAUCUUUUCUUGAAAUUUCAGUUUUCAGUGAUAAAUUGUUGGAGGUUUUCACCCCUCCAAAAAUACUUGUACUGUUGUGAGUUUUAAUUUGCUUCCUUGGGAAACUAAGAGAAGGUAAUCUAUGCCAGAAGUAGCUCUUGGUUAUUUUUUUUAAACUACUAUUUUUAUGUUGCCCCUUCAAUGCUAGCAAUUAAAGGUGAAUUUCUUACAACAUAGAAUUGAAUAAAUAAUGGCCUCAGCAUCUUGAUAAUAUUAGCUUUAUUUUUCUUUAAGGAGAAAUAGUACUGUAGUAGCAGAGUCUUAUCCAGUGUGGCUGGGAGGAAAGCCUUAUACACUCUAUAGAGGGUUUUGUCCUUCACUCUUGAUGCUUUAGCUUCCCACUUACUAGGAUAAUCAAGAAAAUGCUCAAAUCCAAAGUAUAUGUUGGCACAUUUUUUACCCAACACACAUCUUUUACCCAAUUUUGAUUGAGAGUUCUUACAUGCUUACCUUGAUAUAUUUGUUUAAGUUUGGAACUCCUAAGAUUGUAUCUGGAAGAGGAUGCCUUAUAUAAAUAACCCAUGAUAGAGUCCUUUAGAGAAAGCAGAAACUAAGGAAAAAUAAAGUUGUAUAAAAUGAUGGAGAAGAAGGUAGAUUGGGAAGACCUACCCUGGGUCAGAUCAAAGGCCUCUCCUGCAUGUAUUCUUAAACAACUAACAUUAAGAGGCAUGCUGUGGUUUUGUUUCAUUUUGUUUUGUUUUGAUUGAAGGUAAUACCUAGUUACCACAAUUAGUGCCAUUGGUGGCCUUACCAUCCAUGAAUUUGUCUAAAAGCCAACCAAAUUGGCAGCUAUUUAGAAUUGUGAAUUUCAUAAUUUUAACUGUGUCUUCUAUGUGAUCUUUCCUGAAUUCUCAUUCAGCUUCAGUUCUGUUAAACCUAAUAUGAAAGAGGUUUAAGUGUGGUGAUAAGAACUGUUAGACAAAGUGUGGCAAUAUUAAGAUAUUGGCAAUUUAAUUUCUGUUCAUUUUGUAAUAUGCCUGGCAUGGAAUUUGUCUUUUUCAUAGUAAUUGCACAUUGAGUUGUUAUUUUUAUUUGACAUAUCCAUUACAAUCCCAAGAGCCUUUUCCAAACCAAUUAUUGCCCACUUACAUGAUGUGGCAAUUCUUUCAAGGUAACUCUUAAGUUAAAUGAGUGUAUAUUUAGGGUCCCUGAAUUUAAUAAAAAUUCCUCAGUUUCUGAGAGUUCAGUAGACUAAAGGGAUUCUAAUAUGGGAAAACAGAUGACAUGAGACUAAAGUUGGCUUGUUUGGAAUGUAAAAGAAAGUUAAGUGGCCACAUGGCAAGGAGAUUGGUACUCUUACCAUAUAAAUAUUAGUAAUCUUGGUUGAUAGUUUUUGCAUUUCAGUAAUCCUGCUAUUUGAAAUACCAUUUCCUUGUGUAUUCUAUGGUGAUAAUUUUGAAGACUAGUUCUAAAUUCUAGAAAAAUAUUUUAAUAAUUUUAAUUUAUAGUUAACAGUUUUAAACUUGUGACUCCUGACCAGAGGAGAUGCAAUUUGUCAUACAUGGUGGUAUUAUCUUAGGAAUGUAAGAAUAGAGCACUGUAAAAUUAAGGCCUAUCUUGCCCGUCUUAUUCCCAUAGCAAUCAACCAGAUGAUUGUAUUAGUCUGUAAGCAGAAUAGAGCAAUAGCCUUCUGCUAUGAUUCUCCAGCAACUGGCAUUUAGAACUGUGCUAUCUCUGAUUCUAUAUAAGUCACAUGGUUAGUAGCUGUUAAGUCUUCUGUGUAAUCAUUUUGUCUGAUCCUUUUUUAAAGCCAUCUAAAUUGCUGUGAAUCAGGAUAUCAAUAGACCCUGGGUGAAGAAAAUGUAUCCUUCAUAUUUGGCCUUGGACUCAAAUAUCUUGAGAGAAGUAGAUGAUGAAGGUUCUUCAAGGAUAAAGAAUAAAAUUGUGUACAUGUUAUGAGAAAAGAUCUUUUGAAAACAAAGUUAAAAUUUGAACAUUCAUCUUACGGUGCUCCAUUGUAUAGGUAUUAUUAGUUUCUGCUGGACUUCUAAAAAGCAACAGCUUACUCCAGGGUUACUUGCUUUGAAUGGGAGAAGUAGAGAUACUGUUUUGCUGUCUUUUAAGCUGUUGCUUACUCCUUGCUUUUAUUGAAUAUCCUGUUAGCUAAGGACAGAAUUCCUAGUUAAAUGAAUGAGUGCCAGAUGAAUUGCGCCAGUUUCCUAAUAUUGCAGCUUCCAAUUGGAAUUUCUAGGAACUCAUGCUGGCUAGGAAUACUGUAAUUUCUGGAAAGCCAGAUAGCAGAAGGUUGCAACACAAUGUGUGUGAGAGGGAGCAACAGAGAAACCCUAAAUGUUUUUGGAUUGCAAUUGAUUUCACUGUAAGUCAGUAAUACAGGUAGUAACAUCUGAUAACACCCAUUGAAGUGAUAACUCACCUGCAGUUUUUCUGAAAUGUUUAAUCUGGAUAAAAGCCCUUUUUUACUGCUUAAGCCAUUUAUGUAUCUUCAGGUACCAGAACAAAAUGUACUUUUUGAUGUAUCUUGAAUUGUGGGCAGCAGAAGUUAUUAUGUGACUUUGCAUGCAGUUUCAACCAAAUUAUUGCCAUCAGAAUAUAUGUAGUCUUGUAGCAAAUGUAUAUUUUUGGACUGUAUUACAGCAAUAAGCUAAUAUCUGAUUUUCCCUUAUUUCUCUGCUGGGACAAAUGUAUUAAACACUAUUGCAACA